UCCGGAAGUUGCAAGGGAAAGGACCUCGGCCCUGUGUGUAGAGGCAGCAGUGGUCAGAGUGGACUCAGGAGCAGAGCUGUAGACCUUCCCUCUUUAGGCAGAAGCCAUCUUGUAGUGGCCUCUGAAAACAUGGGAGUUUCCCGUGGUAAUAUUCUGUCAAGAGUCCCACGGACCCUCUGUGCCCCUCCAGCCUGUCAUGGCUCACCUACGGAGGAGGAAGGAAUGGGUGCUUUCCCCGGGUUCCUCCUAGGAGCUAGGGCCACCACUCUGGAGUGUACCAGCUGAGGCUGCUGUGCCAGGAAAUCAACGGUGGUUAAGGUCUAGAUCCGUAGAAUCAUAUGGGACCUGGUCUAGAGACAGGCUCCAGUGCAACCAGCCGUGUUGGCUUUCUAAACCCCACUUUAGGCUUCCCUAAGAUGGGGCUAAUAGUAGUAUCCCCUUCAAAGAGUUAAUAAGGAUUAAGUGAGAAAACGCUUGAAGAAGAGGUACCAGUACAUGGUUCUUCACUGUUACCUAUCGGAGAAUAAAAUUAAGUGUAAGGGCAGGCAUGGGACCUGCUACAUCCCUGGUCUUUGACACAUGGUCUACAGGUGCCCCUGCAGGUUCAAGUGCUGCCUCCAGCAGCAGCCGAAGACUUCAGCAGACACAAAAUCAAGUCGAUGAGGUGGUGGACAUCAUGAGAGUCAACGUGGACAAGGUGUUGGAAAGAGACCAGAAGCUGUCGGAGUUAGAUGACCGCGCAGAUGCGCUACAGGCAGGAGCAUCCCAGUUUGAAACGAGCGCUGCCAAGUUGAAGAGAAAAUACUGGUGGAAGAACUGCAAGAUGUGGGCCAUAGGGAUUGUCGUCUUGGUCGUCAUCAUCAUCAUCAUCAUCGUGUGGAAUAUUUCCUCGUGAAGAACCAGUGCCGCCCCAGCCUGCCGUUCCAGAAACCUCUUCAAGACCUUUGACUUAGAACCCGCUAUAUUCUCGAGCUCGCCUACUGUUCUGUCUAAGCUGAUUAGUUUCUGUUUGUUACUGUAAAGUUGAAUUUCUAGGCCAUGUGCCUUUGUGAUGUCAUAAACACUCCGAACUUGAAGUGCGGCCGCCCAGCCCACGCCCGGCCUGGCGCCUUCACAGAUGGCCGAGUGGCUGAUGAAGAGCGUCUCUUAACUUCCCGAGUGUCAUCACCUCGAAGUAAGGUUGUCUGAGGAAUUGCCGUUAAUUCCAAUUAAGGGAAUUUGUUCCAAGCUAGCCAUCCCUGCCAUAUGACAUCUUCAGAACCACAUUCUAAGCCUUUAGGUAAUCAGAUUUCCAGUUUGUGCCUUCCAGAAAGAACACUACUGCCUAAGCAAAUCUGUAAUAGUAACAGGUUGUGCCUUAUUUUGCUAUUUUUCGAUUCCCUAGAAGAGAACUUUCUACUGUUUAUAAGCACUACUGACUGUUGUGCUGUAUUUAAAAAUAAGACGUGGAUAAAGAGUUUCUGCUCUUACAUUAGAUGUGAAGAUGUUUACUUUCUUGUUACAGUUUUUGUAUCACUUGCUAUAAAUAUUUUAAUCAGAAAUAGCCUCUUUAAAACAUUUUUACAGAACUAUGGCUAUGACCAAAGUUUCUAUUUUGCCAAGAAGUUGAAUGCCCAGUACAGUGUCCUUAUGUCUGUUCCUGACAGAUUAAUUUAAAAAAGUGACAAAUGGAACUUAAGGUGCCCUUCAGGAUUAAAAUUCUAAUACUGUCUGUGAACCCUCUCCAUCCUGACAGGCCUUUCUUGCCUCUGGAGUGCUGUGGGUGGUGCAGCUCCCUGAGUCCGCAUUUCUUCCAGGGGCGAGAGCAGCUUUAAGCCAGACUCUGAGCAUCUCCUCCUGAGAGACUGAGCUCAGUAGGGCCUCUAAUAAUUACGGGACCAGCAGUCCUACAGCCUUCAAGGGAGACCAUCUGUGAACUGGUCAUUAACUGGCCCAGUCUGUAUAGAUGGUAGCCUUUGGUAGUUUGUUUUCCUAUUUUUAUCCAUAUCCCACUUCCUAAAUCUGUCUUCUGAAUUAUACCUUCUACCGGGCAUUGGUCAGGGGUGGUUGACUCUUCCCAGAGGACAGGUAACCAGAGACUCUUUCUUCAACGUCAGAAACUGUACAAGAUGCAGCUUUGGAAACAGCUUUGUCACCGGAGAGACUUGUGUAUGUGAGACUUUUACCAUCAGGGUUGGUGGCUUAAGGAUGGGAAUUCAGGUUGGCAUGCAGGUAGGCAAGGAGGCUCUGAGGGAGAAAUGCUGAGGUGUUACCACCCUGACCCGUGGUUACCAGAGGAUUCUAAAAGUCUCGUCCAUACGCCAGCCCAUGACUUACAAAGCAGCAACAGUUGCGGUGCACCAGGACCCGGGCUCCCUUUAACAUCUCUCGCCCUGGCCUCACUGAGACGCUGCCAUGUUGUGGACACGCCCUGCAGGAUGCCCCGCUGGAGGAGGAGGCAGUGGUCAGUGUGGGGCAGGCCUUGAGCCCACCCUCUGCUCAGGGGCUCUGGCCAGGUCUGACUCGGAAAGCUUGGUGCUCUGUCCUUGCCUCGUGCCCGGUCCCUGUGACCCGCCGGCUCCUGCAGUGACCCGGGGCCACCUCGCUUGUAUCUGUGCAUUUAGUUGGGAACUUACCCACUCUAAUGAACCGAAUAAACUGUUUAUAAGCGUGA